UUUCAUCGUAAUCUAAAUCAAGUCUUGCAAGUUGCGAGCAAAGUAGCAUUUACAUCCUCUUAUCUCGUUCCACUACAUCCAAUAAACAAAAGCUUAAACCCACUUUCACCGAUACAAUAGCAGCGAUCCUUAUUUUUAAAGUUCGCACCUUUUUCCGAUACAACAAAUCCCCGCCCCAUUUGGCUUCACCAAAUCACUCCACACCCAAAACCCUACUUCUCGGCCACCGCCGGCAAAAUGCUCCGCCUCCGGAGCAGUCUACUUAUCCAGUUCGUCCACAUUCUUCUCCUCCCAUUCGCCCAUCCCCUCCCCAACCCCAACUCCUCCCACCCCUACCCUGAAUCAGUCGCCGGCGGCGUCCUUCGCCACAUCGAGCUCUCCCGCCGGCGCGCCCUCUCCAGCCAACUGCAAUGCCUCACUGGAAACCCCAUUGACGACUGCUGGCGGUGCUCUACCACCGACUGGCGAUCCGAUCGCCAGCGCCUUGCAGACUGCGGCAUUGGCUUUGGCCGCGACGCGCUUGGCGGGAAGGGAGGCCGGAUCUACGUCGUCACCGACUCGUCCGACCACGACCCAGUAAACCCCACCCCUGGUACGCUCCGCCACGCAGCCAUCCAGGACGACCCCCUUUGGAUCGUCUUCUCCGCCGACAUGAACAUCCGUCUCGCCGAAGAGCUCCUCGUUAACAGCUUCAAGACUCUCGAUGGCCGCGGCGCUGACGUCCACAUCUCCGGCGGCGCCUGCAUCACCCUCCAAUACGUCUCCAACGUCAUCAUCCACAACCUCCACAUCCACGACUGCGUCCCCGCCGGCAACGCCAACGUUCGCUCCUCUCCGACCCACACCGGCUUCCGCAGCCGAUCCGACGGCGACGGCAUCUCCAUCUUCGGCGCUCGCAAGAUCUGGAUCGACCAUUGCUCCCUCUCCAACUGCGCGGACGGCCUUAUCGACGCCAUCAUGGGAUCCACCGGCAUCACCAUUUCGAACAACUACUUCUCCCGACACAACGAGGUGAUGCUGCUCGGCCACAGCGACAACUACUCGCCGGAUUUAGGCAUGCAGGUCACCAUCGCCUUCAACCGCUUCGGGGAGAAGCUCAUCCAGCGAAUGCCGCGAUGUCGCCUCGGCUACUUCCAUAUCGUUAACAACGAUUUCACGGAGUGGGAAAUGUACGCCAUCGGCGGAAGCGGUAAUCCGACUGUGAAUAGUCAGGGGAACCGCUACAUUGCUCCGCCUGAUCCGAACGCCAAGGAGGUGACCAAGAGAGUGGACAGUGAUGACAAGGAUUGGAGCGGGUGGAAUUGGAGAUCAGAGGGGGAUAUCAUGGUUAACGGGGCUUUCUUUAUUCCGUCGGGAGAUGGCUUGGAGACGAUCUAUUCGAAGGCUUCCAGCGUUUCGCCGAAGCCCGUCGGGCUCAUCGACCAGCUCACUCUCAACGCCGGCGUUCUCGGCGGUUCGAGGGAUAAUGGAGGGCAGAGCGGAGGUAAUGGCGGAGCUAAUUACGGUGGCGGCGGCGGCGAUGGUGGUGGUGGUGAUGGGGGCGGCGGAGGUGUAGCAAUGGGCGGCCGUGGCAGUGGGCUUACGGGAUAUCUGGCCAUGGCGUUUGGGAGUGGCGUGGCACCACCUAUUUCUCAACCUGGGCCGUUUUUGUACUUGCCAAUUAUUUUUCUCUUCUUUCUCCAAUUGUAACGGUUAUGUUGGUGAAGGCUCUAUUUAUUCGAUGGCAUGAUAUUAGAAAAACACAUUACAUAGAUUACUGUAAGGCUUAUUGGUUGCUAUAUUUAAAAAAAAAAAAAAAAUCAUGUUUUUUAUGUUCUCGUAGUGUAGAGAAUUCAAAUAAAAUUAUUAAAUAGUAUUUUUGUCUUCA